AUGGGCUUCUUGACAUUCGUGAAGACCCGCUCCGGGUUCAAGGUCGACAAUAGUAGGACAACGUCCGCGGCGACUCUGACUCUGCGUCAGAGUCUUUGGCCGUUGAGUCUUGUCACUAUUUUGUUCUUCUUAUGGGGCUUUGCCUACGGUUUGCUGGAUACUCUCAACAAGCACUUCCAAACCACACUACACAUCGACCGGACACGUUCAGCAGGUCUCCAGGGAGCGUACUUUGGCGCCUAUCCUCUUGCAUCGAUGGGCUACGCAAACUACAUGCUCCGCCACUAUGGAUACAAAAGCGUCUUCAUCUUCGGUCUGACUCUAUACGGAAUCGGGGCCCUCUGCAUGUGGCCCGCGGGCUUGAAUCGAUCAUUUGGCGGCUUCUGCGCAGCGACAUUCGUCAUCGGUUCGGGACUGGGCUCGCUGGAAACAGCCGCCAAUCCUUAUCUAGCAGUCUGCGGUCCCCCCAAGUACGCCGAAAUCCGAAUCAACAUCGCCCAGGCGUUCAACGGCAUCGGCACCUGCGUUGCUCCCGUUCUGGCAUCGUUCGUCUUUUUCACUGACACCGAGGACGACGUCGAUGCCCUGAAGAGCGUGCAGUGGGUUUAUCUCGCCAUCGGCGUCUUUGUCUUCCUCCUGGCGGGAGUGUUCUUCAUGUCGAAUAUCCCUGAAGUAACAGACGAGGAUAUGGCAUUCCAAGUUGCGGAGACACAUGUUGGGGACCAGGAACAGCCGUUUUGGAAACAGUUUAAACUGUUCCAUGCGACGUUGGCGCAGUUCACGUAUACAGGUGCUCAGGUCGCAAUCGCAGGCUACUUCAUCAACUACGUCGUCGAAACCUGGCCCGGCACCUCCGACUCAACAGGCUCCAAGUACCUAGCCGGCGCCCAAGGAGCCUUCACCAUCGGCCGCUUCAUCGGCGCCUUUUUCAUGAAAUUCUUCAAAGGCCGCUGGGUCUUCCUCGUCUAUCUGUCUUGCACGGUGGCGUUCAUAGCUGCUUCUACUACGCAGGGCUAUAAAUCUGGUGUUGCAAUGCUCAUCCUAACCCUCUUCUUCGAAUCUGUCUGCUUCCCCACAAUUGUCGCCCUCGGCAUCCGCGGCCUCGGAAGACACUACAAGCGCGGCUCGGGCUUCAUCGUCGGCGGCGUCAGCGGCGGCGCCGUCGUGCCGCCCAUCCUGGCCCACGUGGCUGACAUGCGCAACGACAUGGCGCUGGCCAUGAUCGUGCCGACCAUGUUCAUGGUUGUUGCGUGGACUUAUGCUAUCGCUGUGAAUUUUGUGCCGGCUUAUCGGGAUACGGUUGAUAAGGUGGGGGCUAGUGAGGUUGGGUUGGUUGGGGAUGGGUUUGAUGGUGAGGAUGGGGGGGUUGGGUGA